GCUCCGUUCAACUAUUCAGUAAAGAACAAACGAUCAUGGAUUUCAAAUGUUCUGUGUUUUUCUGCGUCGUUCUUUGUUUCGUGGUCGUCUACGGAGCUGAGACGUACUCGUCGGCUUUAGAAGACAUCGACGUGGACGCGGUGCUAAAGAACCAAAGGCUUUUCAAACGUUACGUGGACUGUCUAACCAACGAGGGAUCUUGCACUCCUGACCAGAAAGAUUUAAAAGACGUCCUGCCAGAGAUCUUAGCUACCGACUGUGCUAAAUGCAGCAAAAAGUUGAGGGCGUUGUUCGAAAAAGUGGCCAAAUACACGGUGGACAACAAACCGGAAGAUUUCAAAAAGUUGCAAAAGCUCUACGACCCCGAUGGAGUCUACAAGUCUAGGUUUGGAAGCACCAAUAAGACGACUGAAAGUCCAGCUUGAUGCUCACUUACCAUAGACAAAUUAUGUGUAUAAUGUAAAAAUAUACGCAAAAUGUACCUUUUAUUGCACUUUAAACAUCAUUUUAUCUGAACAUUUCAUUGUUGUUAACAAGACCACAUUAAUGCUUGACAUAUCUUUAAAUUCAAAGCUGGCCAAUUUGUCCAAUAAAUA